AUGGUGGAUCCAGCACAACCUCGACCACCUCAAGUUUUUGUCAGUUUAGGCGCAACCGAUCUGCCUGAUGAUUUCAUCAGACAUCUCGUGUCGCGAUUGACAGACUUAGGGAUACGCAACGUCUUCAUAGACAAAGACGAAUGGUUAGGAAGAGACCUAAACCAUGUAAUCACUUGUAUUGAGGAGUCGACAAUCGCGCUUGCUAUCUUCUCUCCACGCUAUCCAGAGACAGAGUGGUGCCUGGACGAGCUUGUGAAAAUGAAGGAACGAGCGAACGAAAAAAAACUCUUGGUAAUUCCUAUCUUCUUUAACGUGAGAAAGAACGAUGUCAGAAAUUUCGAUGGAGAGUUUGGAGAUAGUUUCAUGGAAAUGAGACAGAGAUAUACGAAAUACAAAUACGAUCCUUUUAGGAUUCAAAGAUGGGAAACUUCGGUGCUGACUAUUUCAAGAAUGGAGCCUAGUUUGACGUGGGAAGCAAAAAGCUCGAAUAUCCAUCUUGCCGAGGAAAUCAACAGGGCGGUCAAGAGAGAGCUAGCCGUGGCCUCGGACCCGGGAUUCUCCUUUCCCUCAGAGUUCUCCAACGACUCCCAUAAAAAAAUGCCGAUUGGAGAAGUGUUUGUUUCUGCUUUUCUUGCGGCUUUUCUCUUUAGCCUCUUCAUAGCUCGUCUAAUUUUCACAGAUGUGAACAUUUUCACGACUGCAAAGUGGUUAUUAGGGUUCCAUCUUGAAAUGGGGAGCGAUAGGCUUAGCGCACUUCCGGAUUCUUUGAUAACUCAGGUACUCUUAUCCCUUCCGACCAAAGAUUCGGUGAAGACAAGUGUUUUAUCGACCAGAUGGAGAAAUCUAUGGUUUAAGGUUCCAGGAAUAGAGCUGCACUUCAGCCAUCACCGAGCUGACAUGAACAACUUCAUUGGUUGGUUUCUUGAACUGAACCGUGAAUCACGCUUGCAAAAGUUCAACAUAAAGUAUGUGUUGAACUAUAAUCAUAUCUCAUAA